UAUAUGUAGUAUAGAUCAAUCAAUGAAAGUUAAAAGAAAUUAAUAAAGAAUAUAUAUUCCCAUUCUUGAAAACCAUAAAUGAUAAUAACAGUGAUUGAAUCUUGAACCAGACAAAUUCACAUCUAAUUCUUGAUGCCAUGAUAGUACCUCUCUCACUUCUUUCUACAUUUUUUCUCAUCAUAUCUCCAUCUCUUUGCCACCCUUUAGAUCCUCUCACUCCUCAAGAAAUCCACACAGUUAAGCUCAGCAUCCAAAAUUCCCUCUCUGCCUCAUCUCCCAACAUAAGCUUCCACUAUGUUGAAGUGGAUGAGCCAGAGAAGCAUCAUGUCCUAAAAUGGCUGUCUUCGUGCAACCACAACGUGCCGUUCCCCACUCGUAGAGCCCGGGCAGUGGUUCGUGUCAGUGGUGAAACGCGUGAGCUUGUUGUAGACUUGGCCGGGGGCUCAGUUGUCUCCGACCAAGUCUACAGAGGCCAUGGCUACCCUCCAUUCACAUUUGAUGAGUUUCUCAAGGCUAGCAGGCUGUCGUUGAGGCAUCCCUCGUUUCAAGAUUCGAUCUUGAGACGAGGGCUUGAGCUGUCGGAGGUGACGUGCCUGCCCCUCACAGUGGGCUGGUUUGGAGAGGCUGCAAGGAGAAGAGUUGUGAGAGUCACAUGCUUUUACAGAAAUGGGACAUCAAAUAUUUGGGCAAGGCCAAUCCAAGGCAUAAGUUUGCUAGUAGAUGUUGAGGAAAACAGAGUUUUGAGCUAUUGGGAUAGGCCAAGAGCACCACUACCUAAGGCUCAAGGCACUAAUUUCCAAAGGCAGGGGCCUAGCUCUGUUUCUUGCAGUGGAAACAGCUCCAAGAUCACCAUCAUAGGGAACAUUGUGAAGUGGGCUAAUUGGGAGUUCCACGUGGCGUUUGAUGCACGGGCGGGCCCCAUCAUAUCGACGGCCAGCGUGUCGGGCAGGCGCGUGCUGUACAGGGGCCACGUGUCCGAGACGUAUGUCCCGUAUAUGGAUCCGGGCCCGGAAUGGUACGACAGGACCUUCAUGGAUGUGGGGGAGUUCGGGUUCGGUAGGUCGGCCAGUAGCCUCGUCCCGGGCAUGGACUGCCCGGGAGGGGCCGUGUAUCUGGACGGACACAUGGCGGGCGCCGAUGGGGACGCGCAGAUGGUGCCGCGGGCCAUCUGCGUUUUCGAGCUCUAUGCUGGGAAUGUGGCUUGGAGGCACACAGAAGUUGGUGUGCCUGGAAAAGUGAUCAUAAGUGGAGAAGCUGAGGUGAAUCUGAUUGUUAGAAUGGUGGCAACUGUUGGAAACUAUGACUACAUUCUUGAUUGGGUCAAGAAAAGUGGAUCCAUCAAAGUAGGAGUAAGCUUAACAGGAGUUCUAGAGAUGGAGGCUACAAAAUACAGAAACAGUGAAGAGAUAAGUAGUGACAUCUACGGCAACUUAGUAGCAGAAAUAGUGGGAAAAAACCAUGAUCACUUCCUAACAUAUUACCUAGACCUCGACAUUGAUGGCGAAGCCAACUCACUGGUUAAGGCCGAGCUGCGAAGAAAGCGGGCCCACAAAUCGCCUAGGAAGAGUUACUUGGCAGUUGCUAAGGAAACUGUCCGAACCCAAGGCCAAGCCAGGUUUCAGCUAGGGUUCAAGCCCAUUGAAUUCUUCAUCACCAAUCCUAACAAGAAUACUAGGAUUGGAAACCCGGUGAGCUACCGGCUGAUCACCGGGAGACCGGCUGUCUCGUUGCUGGCCGACGACGAUUACCCGCAGAUUAGGGCUUCUUACACUAAGUAUCAACUGUGGGUGACUUGCUACAACCGGUCACAGAGGUGGGCUGGAGGGUUAUAUGCUGAUAGGAGCCGUGGAGAUGAUGGCUUGGCUGUUUGGAGCCGUAGGAAUUUGGCAGUCGUGAACAGAGAUUUGGUGGUGUGGUAUACACUUGGUUUUCAUCACAGCCCAAAUCAAGAAGAUUUCCCAGUUAUGCCUACUCUCAAUGAUGGCUUUGAGCUCAGGCCUGCCAAUUUUUUCGAGAGAAAUCCAUUGCUGCAACCUUGAUUUAUUUAAUAUUUAAACUGAUUUUCUUUUUACUAGUAUUUUUUCAAGGUUUUGUGGGCCAUGGCCAUUUUUGUUAUUUUAUAUUAUACUAUUAUUUCAUUUUUAGUUCAAAAUUUAAAAAAUAUUUCUAAUUUUAUGUAGUUUUACAUGGUGUAGCGCCUAAAAGUAUCCAUAUAUACAUAUAUAUUUUCCUAGAAUGUAUAUCUAUUUUUCUAGAGACAUUCACUUCUCGUAAUAAAGUGCUCUUAUACUCCCUCCGUC